GAGAGGGCGGGGGAGAAGAGGAAGGAGGUGAAUUCUGGGUCCGGUCCCCAUUCAUUGCCGCGGCCUGCUUGGCUGGGGUCCUGCGUCUUCGCAGUCAUGGAGGCUCUCAUUCCUGUCAUCAACAAGCUCCAGGACGUCUUCAACACGGUGGGCGCCGACAUCAUACAGCUGCCGCAGAUCGUGGUCGUUGGGACGCAGAGCAGUGGAAAGAGCUCAGUUCUUGAAAGCCUAGUGGGCAGGGACCUGCUACCCAGAGGUACUGGUAUUGUCACUCGGAGACCUCUUAUUCUGCAGCUGGUCCACGUUUCACCUGAAGAUAAACGAAAAACUACAGGAGAAGAAAAUGACCCUGCUACAUGGAAAAACUCAAGACACCUUUCCAAAGGAGUAGAAGCAGAAGAGUGGGGUAAAUUUCUUCACACCAAAAAUAAGCUUUAUACAGAUUUUGAUGAAAUUCGACAAGAAAUUGAAAAUGAAACAGAAAGAAUUUCAGGAAGCAACAAGGGAGUAAGCCCUGAACCAAUUCAUCUGAAGAUUUUUUCACCCAAUGUUGUCAAUCUGACACUUGUGGACUUACCAGGAAUGACCAAGGUGCCUGUAGGUGAUCAACCUAAGGACAUUGAGCUUCAGAUCAGAGAGCUCAUCCUUCGGUUCAUCAGCAAUCCCAAUUCCAUUAUCCUUGCUGUCACUGCUGCUAAUACAGAUAUGGCAACAUCAGAGGCACUUAAAAUUUCAAGAGAGGUGGAUCCAGAUGGUCGCAGAACCCUAGCUGUCAUCACCAAACUUGAUCUCAUGGAUGCGGGAACUGAUGCCAUGGAUGUAUUGAUGGGAAGGGUCAUUCCAGUCAAGCUUGGAAUAAUUGGAGUAGUUAACAGGAGCCAGCUCGACAUUAACAACAAGAAGAGCGUGGUUGAUUCCAUCCGGGAUGAGUAUGCUUUUCUUCAAAAGAAAUACCCAUCUCUGGCCAACAGAAAUGGAACAAAGUAUCUUGCCAGGACUCUAAACAGGUUACUUAUGCAUCACAUCAGAGAUUGCUUACCAGAGCUGAAAACAAGGAUAAACGUUCUAGCUGCUCAGUACCAGUCUCUUCUGAAUAGCUAUGGUGAACCCGUGGAUGAUAAAAGUGCUACUUUACUCCAGCUCAUUACCAAAUUUGCCACAGAAUACUGUAACACUAUUGAAGGAACUGCAAAAUAUAUUGAAACUUCAGAGUUAUGUGGUGGUGCUAGAAUUUGUUAUAUUUUCCAUGAGACUUUUGGGCGAACCUUAGAAUCUGUUGACCCACUAGGUGGCCUUAACACUAUUGAUAUUUUGACUGCCAUUAGAAAUGCUACUGGUCCUCGACCUGCCUUGUUUGUGCCUGAGGUUUCCUUUGAGUUAUUGGUCAAACGGCAAAUCAAACGUCUAGAAGAGCCCAGCCUCCGCUGUGUGGAACUUGUUCAUGAAGAAAUGCAGAGAAUCAUUCAGCACUGUAGCAAUUACAGUACACAGGAAUUGUUAAGGUUUCCUAAGCUUCACGAUGCCAUAGUUGAAGUAGUGACUUGUCUUCUUCGGAAAAGGUUGCCUGUUACAAAUGAGAUGGUCCAUAACUUAGUGGCAAUUGAACUGGCUUACAUCAACACGAAACAUCCCGACUUUGCUGACGCUUGUGGGCUGAUGAACAAUAACAUAGAAGAACAAAGAAGAAACAGGCUAGCAAGAGAAUUGCCUUCAUCUACAUCACGGGACAAGUCCUCUAAAGUUCCAAGUGCUUUGGCACCUGCCUCCCAGGAGCCCUCCCCUGCUGCUUCUGCUGAGGCUGAUGGCAAGUUAAUUCAAGACAGCAGAAGAGAAACUAAAAAUGUUGCAUCUGGAGGUGGUGGGGUUGGAGAUGUUGGUCAAGAACCAACAACAGGCAACUGGAGAGGAAUGCUGAAAACUUCCAAAGCUGAGGAAUUACUAGCUGAAGAAAAAUCAAAACCAAUUCCAAUUAUGCCAGCCAGUCCACAGAAAGGCCAUGCUGUCAAUUUGCUGGAUGUGCCAGUUCCAGUUGCACGAAAACUGUCUGCCCGUGAGCAGCGAGACUGUGAGGUUAUUGAACGACUCAUCAAAUCAUAUUUUCUAAUUGUCAGAAAGAAUAUCCAAGACAGUGUGCCAAAGGCAGUAAUGCAUUUUUUAGUUAAUCAUGUGAAAGACACUCUUCAGAGUGAGUUAGUAGGACAACUGUAUAAAUCAUCCUUAUUGGAUGAUCUUCUGACAGAAUCUGAGGACAUGGCACAGCGCAGGAAAGAAGCAGCUGAUAUGCUCAAGGCAUUACAAGGAGCUAGUCAAAUUAUUGCCGAAAUCAGAGAGACUCAUCUGUGGUGAAGAGAACUGUUUAAUGCUGGGACUUUGUUGACCUUGAUACCUGCUAGUUUCCAUCUACCUGGGUAGAAUUUUAUUUAUGAACACCUGUGUAUUGCAGUGCCAUGAAUCUGCUCAUGUGAGGACCGGCUGUAAACUGAAAAGUGUACUCUGCAUUACAGAACAAAUCACACAUUUAAUCCAAAUAAUCGCUGUUUCUAAAGUUUCCCAGUAUCUGUGUAUGCAAGUCUGUCUUGUGACAGUUUCAAUUGAAUUUACAGAGAACUGUUGAUGUUGUAGUUGUACAAAGCAGUCUGCCUGUGGAGGAUGACCUGUGUAAUCUUUGUUAGUAGUCUUCAAGCUGCUGCCAUAGCCCUCAGGAAAGAAGCAAGACAUUUCAUGACUAAUGCAUGCUCUACAUAAGCUGACCUAGGUUUGGGGAAGAUUUAGGUUGGCAAGUUCCUCCAAUAAUCACUGUAUUCUACCUGUCCAUCAGUUUGUAGUUUUAAAGUAUCUCAGCAGGUUUGGCCAUGACAGGAAGAACGCUGGCUGCACAAGAGGAGCUGAAAAGCUGACAGAUGUGAGGUGCAUACUAUGUCACACAACCCUUCUACUCGGAGGGCCACUUGGCCGAGUGUAGCAAAAAUUAAAAUACUUUGAUUCACACUUAAACCUGAAAACAUGAAUUAUGAUCUCCUGAAUUAAAAAUUUAUCAAGACAUGGUAACAUUGACCAGUUCUUUUAGUUUUCAAAGAUCCAAUGAUGACCUAAAUUUCCUUUCGUUUGUAAAUAUACCAGUAGCAAUUCAGGUACAUCCCUCAAGUGGAGCACUGCAUUGAGCUCAAUGUCCACUGUGAAGUGAAACUUAAAUAAAUCAUUGUGCUCUUUGUACUUGGUAACAGCUGCUUAAGCUCCACACCAGUACAGUACAUGAGAAUGGUGGUGUGAAAAUACUGGUCUUUGUUUUUUAAAGAGAAAUACAUAGGCACACAUACUCUGAUUAAAUUGCAUUCAGGGGCUGGGGUGAUGUUUACAACAGAUUUUGAGAAAAUUACCCAGGCAAUUCUUGGUAUAUACUACAACCUUAAACACAUUUCACAGGGGUAGAAAUCUUUUGGGAUAGUUUCAUCUUUAACAGACAACAAACACAGUAAGUCAAUUACAUGUUACGAACAUUAAAUUUUUGUUAUGGCCGGGCAUUUAUCAAAGAUUAUUGGCAGGAAAAAUAAGAGUAUCUUAACUUUAGCUGAUGAUACCUGUUUACAAAGAAACAAGUUUCAACAAUUUCAAACAUAAAAAGCCCUAAAUUGGGCCGGGCGUGGUGGCGCAUGCCUUUAAUCCCACACUUGGGAGGCAGAGGUAGGAGGAUCACUUUGAAUUCAAGGCCACCCUGAGACUACCUAGUGAAUUCCAGGUCAGCCUGAGCUAGAGUGAAACCCUACCUUGAAAAAACAAACAAACCCUAUAUCGACCUGCCAUGAUACAGUAGUACUUUUAAUCUGCUAAUAGUACCUUCCUGCCAAAGUGUUUAACGUGCUUUCAAGAAAAAUGACCCUGCGGCAUUAACAUUAGCCAUACAUUUUUUUCAGGCAGUUGACUGCCAUUGUAUGUAGCCUUUUGGAUUUGUAAGGAAAAAAGUUCCAACGCACCUUUCUCCAACACAGCAAAUAGAUUUUAAACUGAAAAUGUUAUGAUAAUGCACUUGCUAAUACCACACUUUGUACAAACAAAUGCAAGAAACUUAUGAAAAGAAAGCCUUCUUGCAGGCUUUUAGACUGAGUGAUGUUCUGAAAUGUGGAGAUACUGCUGGCAUAUUUAUAAUAGACUCCUGUGUGUUCUUUAUGUGUAAAUAAAGCUACUGGUAUGAAAUGAAAGUA